CGUUCAGGCAACGCCGCCUGUAAAAAGGUGUUUUAAAAGUCCUCGGCCCGACGUCACAGCUCUGAUGCGUGUAAUCGAUGCUUCUGCCUUCCAGUAGCGUGUCUCAGAUGAAGUCGCGAGUGUCCAAAACAAUCUCUUCCCUUCCUCUAGUCGGUUUUGUCCAGUCUUUUAAUCCCCUCAGUUGGAGGGGCUCGCGUCAGCCGCUGGGCAAUACUGUUGGAAGAGACCGUGUGUCUGUUUGCUGCUGCUCAGCUCUCCCAGGCCGCCUGACCGCCUGUCUGACCAGCUGAGCAGCUUGGCAUGAAGGACUCGCUACAGGUUCCAGCAGCCUGUACUUCCCAAGCAGUCGUAUACGCUUAGGAGAAGUGUACGUCCUUGGAUGAUGCUCAGGACAUGCAUCACUUUGAGGAAGAAUUAACAUGUUCCAUUUGCUAUAGCAUAUUUGAAGAUCCACGUGUUCUGCCUUGUUCGCAUACAUUUUGUAGAAAUUGUCUGGAAGGUGUUAUUCAGCUGUCAAGCAACUUUUCCAUUUGGAGACCAUUGAGAGUUCCACUGAAGUGUCCUAACUGUAGGAGUAUUGUUGAAAUUCCUGCAUCUGGUACUGAGUCAUUGCCUAUCAACUUUGCAUUAAAAGCUAUUAUUGAAAAAUACCGGCAGGAGGAUCAGCCUGAUGUUGCAACCUGUAGUGAACAUUACAGACAACCACUGAAUGUUUACUGUCUUUUGGAUAGAAAAUUAGUGUGUGGUCACUGUCUUACAAUAGGAAAACAUAAUGGUCAUCCAAUAGAUGACCUUCAAAGUGCCUAUGUAAAAGAAAAACAGACUUCUGGAAAAAUUAUUGAGCAGCUAACAGAUAAACACUGGACUGAUGUAUGUUUGCUUAUUGAAAAGUUGAAAGAACAGAAAUCCCAGUGCGAAAACAUUGUUGAAGAUGAUAAAAAAGUAGUACUACAGUAUUUUAAGAAACUUAAUGAUACAGUGGAGCAUAAAAAACAAGCGUUGCUGACUGCACUGGAUGAAAUUAACAAACGCAUUUUGGAAGAAUAUGAGCCUCUAAUUGAAAAGUUGAAACAAAUAAGGGAAGAGCAGCUUGAAUUAAUGUCACUGAACACAUCUAUUCAAAAAGAGGAGUCCCCACUUAUUUUUCUUGAGAAGGUUGAUGAUGUACAUCAACGUAUAAAAGCUUUGAAACAAAAGCAACUACCGGAUGUUAAACCUGUUGAGAUUUAUCCAAGGAUAGGGCACCUGUUGAAGGAUGUGUGGUCUAAAACUGAAAUUGGUCAGAUCAACAAGAUCCUUACUCCAAAAAUAAAACUGAUUCCAAAAAGGAAGUUAUGCAGCAAAAGCAGUGAAAAGGAAAGAGGAAAAUCUAAAGAAUUCUUUCAGGCUAUAAAUCCUCUAACAGUCAUGCUACUUUUUAUAAUAGUGAUAACUAUGCUUUCAUUACACAAGCCAGUAUCAUCAAUUGUAAAUGAAAUUACUCCCACUUAUAUUUCAGAAUUCUUGUUAUUUGUUUAUCAAGAUUUCUGCACCCAUUUGCAGACUGUAGCGGAUGUGCUGUGCCAUGUGUUAAAUUUACUGAUGGAACUUUUAGGGAGAAUCGCUUAUUUUUGAAUAAUGCAAAUUAUUGGAUUAAAAAUUAAUAUAGGAAUCCCCAUGAUACCCUUUUAAAGUUUCUGCUUAAAGCUGGGUUGUUUACUAAAACUGUACAUUUUUCUUUUUCCAUAGCUCUCCUUUUUGUUUUGAGUUUCCUUUCAUCUAGGUAGAAUACCUAGAAAAUAUAACUCUUAGUUAAAUGAGAAGACUUACAAUGAAGAGACUCGCUUUUCUGCUUGUUCCGAUAUGAUAGGUAGGUAGGUAACAAAUAGUUGGGUUUCUAUUUGUUUAAACUGGAAGCUAGUCAGAAAUAAUGUCUGUGUAAGAAAGCUAUAGGCAAGUUACAAAUUAUAACCUAGAGGAGUUUGAAAAGCUCUUCAAACAUUUACUAUACUUCCCCCCCCCUCCUUAA